UCUCCACUUUAUCCUCAAGACACUUUAUCCUCAAAAAUCUAUCAUUACAUGAAAAAAGUGUAAACAUACACAUAAUAAACACAAAUAAAAAGUUUGUUCUAUACAAAGAAAUGAUAGUUAAGUGGCACCUGGUGCUCAUUUGAGAACUUGUUUUUGUUCUGCAGGUUGAUUCAUCAGGAUGAGGAGAUGGUGGUUCUGACCCACAGUGAUGAGCUGGACAGAACCUACGGUGAGGACAGUGGUCCAACCUUUGAUCGCACCACAAACAGGAGUCCAAGCUCCCACAGCUCGUCUCUGAGUGAGCCGGACACCUCCGCUCCUAACAGGACUGGAUCCAGCAGCACCUUAUGGCGCAACAGUCCACCAACCUUCAAAGAAACCAGAGCCACUGUGAUCUCCACUGGACCCAGAAGCAUCACCAUCACCUCAGCUGUGUCCACCACCGAAGAAUCACUGUGGUUCAAAAACACCACGAGCUACGGGAAAGGACAGAGACCGUCUGAGAUUCAGCCGGAGAGGACGGGAGGCCGCAGGGAGGAGAACCUGAGCUUCACCCAGAAGAAGAAUGAGAACAUGUCUAACAGCAUGGAGGUACAAGAAAAAGGGGACGGACAGGACACAGCAGAGAGAAGUUCUCAGUUCAUGGUCCUACUGGAAGAUCAGAGAGAGAGGAGAAGCGACAGUGCUGACACCACUGGUCUGAAUGCCUCUCCCACCAUCACUGCCUGGGAGGCUGGCUGGAAUGUGACCAAUGCUAUACAGGGAAUCUUUGUGCUGGGUUUACCCUUCGCUCUGGUGCACUCAGGUUAUCUGGGUCUGGUACUGAUGGUGCUGUCUGCGUGGGUCUGUAACUACACGGGGACGAUCCUGGUGGCCUGUUUGUACGACGACGAACAGAGUGGGGGGACAAAGGUCAGAGUUCGGCACAGUUACCAGGACAUAGUGGAAGCCUGCUGCAAAGGACUGUGGCCCAACUGGCCCGGACUCGGAGGAUGGAUCAUAAAUGUAGCUCAGGUCAUUGAGCUGUUGAUGACCUGCACCUUGUAUCUGGUCGUCUCCACCACUUUGUUGUCCGACAGUAUGUCGGGGUUGACUGUUCCUAGAUCAGUGUGUUCUCUGGUCUCUGUGAUCUUCCUGCUGCCCUGUCUGCUGCUCACUGAUCUCAGGCCAGUCUCCACCCUCAGCCUGCUCUGCUCUCUGGCUCAUAUACUGAUCAGCCUGAUGGUCAUGCUCUACUGUCUGAGUCUCGCCAGCACCUGGUCCUGGUCCACUCUGUCUCUGUCUGCGGACCCGGAGGAAUUCCUGGUCUCUGUGGGCGUCAUCAUCUUCUCCUACACCUCACAGAUCUUCCUCCCUCCCCUAGAGGGCAGCAUGGAGGACCGAGGGCAGUUUGACUCCAUGCUGGCGUGGACUCAUGGUGCUGCCUGUGUGAUGAAGACUCUGUUCUCGUUACUGGCCGUGUUGACCUGGGGCGCAAAGACCAGUGAGGUCGUCACGGACAACCUGCCCUCUGAACUCCGACCUCCGGUCAACCUGUGUCUGUUGGCGAAGGCCCUGCUGUCCUACCCUCUGCCAUUCUACUCUGCCGCUGAAAUACUGCAGAGCUGCCUGGUGACAGACUCUGCCGUCUCGUCGGGCUGCAAACGCGGUGGUGGACGUGUGUCCGGCUCCGCCCUGCUGGUCCGCGGCUCCCUGCUGAUGACCUCGUACCUGCUGGCCCUGCUGGUGCCCAGGUUUUCCCUGCUGAUGGGUCUGACCGGCAGUGUGACUGGGUCGGCCAUGACACUGAUACUGCCGUGCCUCUUUCACCUCAGGCUCUGCUGGGGUCGCCUCAGUUUGGGCGACCGCUUGGUAGAUGUGGGCAUACUGGUCCUCGGGGUCCUCUGUAGCGCGUCCGGUGUGAUUUGCUCGGUGAAAAGACUGGUGCAGGGGCUGUAGGAGGGCAGGUGAAUAGAUUCUGCUGUAUACACCGUGUGAGGUUAAAGGUCACAGUGACCUUGACUUGUGCCCACCAACGUCUACGCCGCUCACCCUUGAGUCUAAAGUCGGCCCCACACUAGAGGAUAACUGGCCAGACUUUGUUCUCGAUCUGGACCGCCCCACAAUCGUGGGUGAUCUGAUUUGGACAGAUUAUCUGGCCAAAUAAUCCUGCAGUGUGGGGGAUUAACAGACGUGAUUUUAACGCCAUCGGAGGCAUCAGUCUUCCUGAUUUCAACUCUUCAGUAUUAAACAUGUCCGGGAGCGUGAGCAGAACCCCGCAAUAACCAAUGAG